CGAAACAAAUCGAAACAAUUCUACGAGAAGCGCCGUCGUCUCCGGUCGGUGGCUGUGCGAUCUCUACUAACUUCUCCUUAUUUCACCCUUCUGCAACCCUUCACUCUCCUUGUCUCAUUCUUGUACUGAUAGGCUGGCCUGUUGCGACGAUUUCAUACUUUAUAUUUCAUACUUCAUACUGCUGCAUUAUCCACAAUGUCCACCGUCGAACCAAGCACUCGAAAGAGGGUGCUCAAGGUCAUCUUCGUGUCAUUACUCCUGGAUUUGAUCUCGUUCACAUUUAUUCUUCCUCUCUUCCCCAAACUCCUCGAGUUCUACCGAAACAGCGAAGCCGGGCCCGAGUCGCAGUCGACGCUACUUGCGCGGAUCCUUGGCGGCCUUAACACCUACAAAUCUGCCUUCGCCAAACCGAUCGAUUCGAGAUAUGAUAUUGUUCUACUCGGAGGAGCGUUAGGAAGCUUGUUCUCUCUGCUGCAGGCCAUCGCGUCACCUGUCAUCGGACUUCUAUCCGACAAAUAUGGCAGGAGAGCGGCGCUUCUUGCCAGCAUGGCUGGAAAUAUCUUAUCAGUCCUUCUUUGGGUAAUGGCCGUCGAUUUCAGAACUUUCCUUGCAUCGCGCAUCGUCGGUGGGUUGUCAGAGGGUAACGUUCAGCUGGCGACAGCUAUCGCGACGGAUAUUUCAGAUGAGAACAGUCGCGGAUCAACCAUGGCUUUGAUAGGCGCCUGCUUCUCCAUCGCCUUUACCUUCGGCCCCGCUCUCGGCGCAUACUUGAGUUCUAUCGCGACAGUAGCCGCUAAUCCUUUUGCAACGGCCGCUGCUGUAUCUCUAACUCUGAUUGUGGUCGAAACGAUCUACUUGUACAUCGCACUUCCCGAGACGCUACCAAGCAGGACAGGGAAGGGAACAGCGAAAACAAACUCGAAGCCAGCCGCAGUGACGCGUACCAACUCCCACUUCCUGUUGAAUCUGGUGCACUUCAGCUUUUUGCUCUUUUUCUCGGGGAUGGAAUUUUCCCUGCCGUUCAUGACGUACGACCUGUUCCAGUAUAACUCGGCCCAAAACGGACGGCUGCUGGGCUAUGUGGGUCUAAUCGCCUCGAUCCUUCAGGGCGGAGUUACUCGUCGCUUACCUCCUCUCCUGACCGUGCGGAUCGGCGUAAGCGCAUGUUUACUUGCUUUCAUAAUGCUGGGGCGCAUCGGCUCAAUCGGCUCCCUAUACCUUGCUGCCACCUGUUUAGCGACCACAUCAGCCACAGUUGUCAGUGGUCUCAACACUCUUAGCAGCUUCGAGGCUAGCGAGGGUGAACGCGGCGGUAAGCUAGGUAUUCUUCGUAGCUGGGGCCAGCUAGGUCGAGGAUUAGGACCAAUUCUGUUUACCAGCAUAUACUGGUGGGCCGGGAGAGAGGUUGCGUAUGGUGUAGGUGCUGCGGGUAUCUUUGGUGUUACGUUAUUGGCGUUUGCUGGGCUGAAGUCACCGCCUGGGUCGGCAAAGACGGCGCAGAAAGCUACGUCGGAGAAGAAGGAACUGUAAGAACUGUACGAUAAGAUUGAUGUUCGAAUAGAUGAUAAUGUGGAAAUCUGGAUAAAGAAAGCUGCUAUUGAUUCUAUCACGAGUCGUGCACCUCAAUGCCCCUUAGUUCACCUACGUACGGUAUUCAACUUACAGCACCUCGAAAUGUUUGAUUGGGAUGAAAUAAUAAUUAGAAUUCCC